CCGUGGAGCAAAGUAAAAGGCGGCUAAGCUGUUCUUGUUUUUCAGGUCACUUGCCCGGAGGCCUGGACAAAGGGUCUGUCGGGCUAAGCUGGGGCGGCGGGCUCGGGUCAAACACGGCCGUGUUGUGAAGCCUUGGACAAGUACAUACGAGUCUUGAUUGCUGAUCGAUUCGAGGGAAAGGGAGGGAAGAGGGAGGAAGGAAGGAGGGAAGGGCCGCCAUGGCGUGCGUCUACAUCCCCGUCCAGAACUCGGAGGAGGAGGUUAGGGUGGCGCUGGACCAGCUUCCCCGGGAUGCAGCCGACAUACUCGAUAUCCUCAAGGCCGAGCAAGCGCCCCUCGACCUCUGGCUCAUCAUUGCGAGGGAGUACUUCAAACAGGGGAAAUUGGAACAAUUUAGACAAAUUUUGGAGGAAGGAUCGAGUCCUGAAAUUGAUGAAUACUAUGCUGAUGUGCGAUAUGAAAGAAUUGCCAUCUUGAAUGCCCUAGGGGCUUAUUAUAGUUAUCUUGGGAAGAUUGAGUCUAAACAAAGAGAGAAAGAAGAUCACUUUAGUUUGGCAACUCAGUACUACAACAAAGCAUCAAGAAUAGACAUGCAUGAGCCUUCAACAUGGGUUGGAAAAGGUCAGCUUUUAUUGGCAAAAGGAGACUUGGAUCUGGCCUUCUCAGCAUUUAAGAUUGUAUUGGAUGGGCAACCUGAUAAUGUUCCUGCCCUGCUUGGUCAGGCAUGUAUUCUCUACAAGCGUGAAAGAUACUCAGAGUCCUUGGAGCUAUAUAAGAGGGCUUUGCAAGCAUAUCCUAACUGCCCUGGAGCAGUAAGACUGGGCAUAGGAUAUUGUCGCUACAACAUGGGUCAGUUUGAUAAAGCUCGACAAGCUUUUCAACGAGUUUUGCAGUUGGAUCCUGGAAACGUGGAUGCUCUUGUGGCUCUGGGAAUUAUGGAUCUGCAAACAAAUCAAGCUCGUGGUAUACGUGAAGGGAUGGAGAAGAUGCGAAGGGCUUUUGAGAUGUAUCCUUAUUGUCCCAUGGCACUGAACUAUUUAGCAAAUCAUUUCUUCUUCACUGGGCAACAUUUUCUUGUGGAGCAGCUAACAGAAACUUCACUUGCUGUGAGCGACCAUGGUCUAAUGAAAUCCCAUUCCUAUUACAACCUAGCAAGAUCUUAUCAUAGCAAGGGUGAUUAUGAAAAAGCUGGUUUCUAUUAUUUGGCAUCUGUCAAGGAAAUCAGUAAGCCACAAGAUUUUGUUUUACCAUACUAUGGCCUGGGACAAGUCCAGCUGAAGUUGGGAGAUUUUAGAAGUUCCCUUUCAAAUUUUGAAAAGGUGUUGGAGGUCUAUCCUGAAAAUUGUGAAAGUUUAAAAGCAGUUGGACACAUUUAUAUGCAGCUGGGACAGACAGAGAAGGCUUUAGAAUCAUUUCGAAAGGCUACGAGAAUUGAUCCACGUGAUCCACAGGCCUUUUUGGAGCUGGGAGAACUGCUAAUAUCAACUGAUGCUGGAAGUGCUCUGGAUGCCUUUAAAACUGCUCGAAGCCUUCUGAAAAGAACAGGUGAAGAAGUACCAAUUGAUUUGCUAAACAACAUUGGCGUGUUACAUUUUGAAAAGGGAGAGUUUGAGUUGGCUGAACGAACAUUUCGAGAUGCACUUGGGGAAGGAAUUUGGCUUUCUUUCAUGGAUGGCAAAAUACAAUCUCCCAGUACAGAUCCAGCAACUUCUGUUGUACAGUACAAGGACAUGAAGAUUUUUCACCAACUUGAACAAGAUGGUGUUCGUAUUGAUCUACCUUGGGACAAAGUGACAACUUUGUUUAAUCAGGCAAGAUUAUAUGAACAAUUGCAUGACACAGAGAAAGCGAGCUUCUUGUACAGGCUUAUCAUCUUCAAGUAUCCUGAUUAUGUUGAUGCUUAUAUACGGCUUGCUGCUAUGUGCAAAGCACGUAACAAUCUUCAACUUAGUAUUGAAAUGGCAAGAGAAGCACUGAAGGUGAAUGGUAAAUGCCCUAAUGCUUUAUCCAUGCUCGGCAACUUAGAGCUUAAGGGUGAUGACUGGUUUAAAGCAAAGGAUACAUUCCGAGCUGCACGGGAAGCAACUGAUGGAAAAGAUUCAUAUGCUGCAAUUUCUUUGGGAAACUGGAACUAUUUUGCUGCUGUUCGCACUGAGAAAAGGGACCCAAAAAUUGAAGCGAUGCACCUUGAGAAGGCUAAAGAACUAUACACCAAGGUUCUAAUACAGAAACCUGGUAACCUUUAUGCUGCCAAUGGUGCUGGGAUUAUUUUGGCAGAGAAAGGGCAUUUUGAUGUCUCAAAAGAUAUAUUUACACAGGUACAAGAAGCAACAAGUGGAAGCAUUUUCGUUCAGAUGCCAGAUGUCUGGAUAAACCUGGGUCAUGUGUAUUUUGCACAAGGCCAAUUUGCUUUGGCUGUGAAAAUGUACCGAAAUUGCUUGAGGAAGUUUCAUUAUGGCACAGAUACUCAAGUUCUCCUUUAUCUUGCUCGUACUCAUUAUGAGGCAGAACAAUGGCAAGAUUGCAAGAAAACAUUGUUGAGAGCUAUCCACUUGGCACCAUCCAAUUACACUCUAAGGUUCGAUGCUGGUGUUGCAAUGCAGAAGUUCUCCUCAUCAACACUGCAAAAGCCAAAGAGAUCUGCCGAUGAGAUUCGCUCAGCAGUUGCAGAACUGAAAAAUGCUGUCCGAAUCUUCAGCCAGUUGUCAGCAGUGACUAGCUAUCAUGCUCAUGGGUUUGAUGAGAAGAAGAUUGAGACACAUGUAGGAUAUUGCAAGCAUUUACUUGAGGCUGCCAAGGUUCACUGUGAAGCAGCUGAACGUGAGGAGCAACAAGCUCGUCAAAAAAUAGAAGUUGCACGACAGCUUGUACUGGCUGAGGAAGCCCGUCGUAAAGCUGAAGAGCAGAGGAAAUUUCAGAUUGAGAAGAGAAAGCAAGAAGAUGAGUGGAAACAAGUGAGACAGCAGGAAGAACAUUUUGAGCGCGUAAAGGAGCUAUGGAAGAGCAAACGUAAGGACAGGAGCCAUGCUGAUGAUGAAGAGGAUGGUGGACAUUCGGAUAGGAAGAAGAAGAGAGAAAAGAAGCGGAGGAAGAAAGAUAAGCAGAGUAAGACAUAUAAUGAGAUUGAGGACCCAGAUGCUGACAUGGUUGAAGAAACUGAAGAGAUGAUGGAGGAGGAUGACGGAGAGCUGAGACAUGGCAAGGAGGAAGAUGGUGCUGAGAAUGCCCAAGAUCUUCUUGUAGCAGCAGGUCUUGAAGAUUUUGAAGAUGAAGAUGCCACUGAUGCACCUGCAUCAACCAUUUCUAGACGCAGACGCGCUUGGUCAGAAUCUGAUGAAGAAGACAUGGGGGAAUUGCCGACACAAGCCAGCCCUGGAGCAGCUGGUGAAGAAAAUUUUGCCCACCUUCAAGAAAGUGAUGUUGAAAACCAACACAGGCGGCGUGGGAGGAGUAAUGGUGCUAAUGAAGUUGAUGAAGAUGAAGAUGACUCUUGACGAUGUUUUUGUAUCUUUCGAUGACGUGGAACCGUUGUACAAAUUUUGGUUGUACAAGUUUUGGAGGUAAUCUGCUUCUCAUUUUCGUUCCAUCCUGUACAGUUGUUGGAGGUGUACCGUAGAAGGUGAUCAUAGGUUUAUGUUGGCCUCGAAGUUCAGCCACCUUGUCGAUGGAGAUACAUCAUACAGGCUUCCUGACACAAUUCCUGUGUACAAGUUUCAUUCCCAAGGUACAUUUAUCUAAUUGUUUUCAUUUUUUUUCAUAAUAUUACUUGUCUGUAUUGCUUGGCGAAGGGAUA